AUGGCGCUUGCCAUAAGCUUCUACCAGAGGUUUCAACAUAGUACCACUGCUGGUCCUUCUCUGACCAGUGAGGGAUCCAACGAGGUGGUGUUGGACAUGGCAGCGCGCUUGGGUGAGGAACACCAUAGGGAGCAACGGGUGCGGCAGGGGAAUGGACUGGGUGGAUACUGGGUGGGCUCGCCAUGGAAGCUGGUGUUGGUGACCAUGGUUGAUGCUGUGGUUGUUGCUGAAUUUGAGGAGAAGAAUUGUACGCUGGUGGUGGUUGAGGACUGGGAGGUUGAUGACCUGAGUAAUGUUGUUGCUGUGGUGGUGUUUGAUACGGCUGUCCACUAA